AUGAAUCCAAGACAGACCGCCAAAAUUGUGAGGGCACAGAAUGACUCGAUCUAUAACAUGAGCCAUGCUAAACAAAUUCCAGAGUUACCUCCUUUGCCAUCUUUGGCUGCUGUAGAUCCCUCUGAACUGUAUCAGCUCAUUCAAAAGAGCAGCUAUUACCCCUUUCUGAUGCAGAGAGCAUCCUGGAUGUUGGCAGCUCCCUUUAAAGAGCAGCGUUAUUUCAGAAGCCCUAGCAACUCCAUUGCCAAUAACUAUACCCUCACGGCACGUGACCUGAAGAUGAAAGAUCUACAGAAGAUAGUCUCACCCACAAGGGCAAAGAAGUCUUUUGGGUUUGCAAAACAGAAAGCCGAAUCUCCACUUCCAAAAGAAUAUGCUCCUUCUGAGAAGAAAGUGAAACUUUCAUCAAGAAGUGUUGUUCGUGAAUCAGACAGAGACGCAUCAACAUCCCAAAUGUGCAGUUUGGAUACAUUACGGUUAGAAAAGCAAAUCUCAGAACUGGAAGUUCCCUGUUAUUCUGACUGCCAGCCUCUGACUCCAGAAGAACAGUUGGUUGUGAUGCUCCAUCAUGAGGAGGAGAUAAGCCAGCAAGAAAACUCACCCACAGAUAAUGAUCUGGAGCGCUACUGUUAUUACAUCCAUAAAGGCAUCCGGAAGGACAUGCUAGCACCACAGAAAGAAGAAGUGAUGGACAAUAUCUUAAAGCAUAUCCCUAGUCAUUUUCUCGUCAACCCAAAUUUGGAGGCACUGUUGAACAGCUUAAAAGAAGAGAUUCAACACGAUUAUCAGAUUUGGCUCAUGAAAGACAUUGUUGAUUACAUCUUGAUGGAUCCAGAGGAGAGAAAAAGACUCUUUAUAUACAACAUCCCCCGACCUUUCCCCCAAAGAGUGAUCCGUGCCCCUGUCCCGUGGCACCAGAUCUACCAAGAAGUGAGAAGCUGGAAUGAAAGCCACCUCUUCACCAUCAACCCCAUGAUGCUUACUUUGCAACACCUCUGGUUUACAGAGUUUUGUGAACUGAGGUUCGUCCGUACCAAGGAGAUACUUGCCGGCGAGUUGCCACUGCUACCCAACGAGUUCGAGGAAUUGAUUCGGAAACACUGCCAAGAAACUCAUGAAAUCCUUCAAAACAGGUGGAUUCCCACCUGUGCAGAACUCUUUAUCGACCAGAAGGAAAACUGGCUUCAUCUCGCCCCCCAGAAAGACUUAGACUCUUCCCAACAAAUAGAAGAAUAUUUUGCUUCGGUGGCAAUCCUCAUGUCGCUACAGCUACGGGAGUUGGUCAUUAAUUCAUUAGAAGACCUCCUUUCUUUUUUUGAGAUACACAAGGAUGGAAAUGACUUUGGAGAAACUUACCAUGAAAUGCAGUUCUUCAUACCGCAAAUCCUGGUCAUCAAACUGGAUGUGGAGGACCCCGCAAUCGUAUUUGAGCCAGAUCUGAGAGCUUGCUGGGAAUUAAUCUACCGCUGCUUCGCAGAGAUCCUAAAGAAUUCCGAGGGACUUCCAAGGGUACAAGUUAAACUUUUCCCAGAAUUAAAAGGAGAUGACCUAAUUCUUCGUACUGUCCAAGAAGAUGAAUCUUUAGUUUCAAAAUAUGUGAAUAAAGCUUUAGAGAUAUUUGAGCGCAAUAUAGUUGGUCCACAGAAGUACUUAAAUGUGUACAGGAAAUACAGCGAUCUCUUGAAUAACAAUGCCGAAAAAGGUGUGACUGAAUUUUUAAGCAAAAGACACGACCUGGAUGAUUUUGUGGAGAAGAUUGAUGGCUUGACGAAACUGAAAAAAGAAAUUGCUUCCAUGCACAUCACAGUCCCACUGGCCAUGUUCUGCCUGGAUACAUCCAAACUGAAUGAGGUGCUUUGCAAUCGGACCCAACAGCUCAAAGACAGACUGAUUGAAUAUGAAGUAAAUGAAAACAGGGAAGUCAACCAGAGCAUUUGCAACCAGUACAACAUCAUCGCGGACAAAGUCAGCGAAGUGCCUUUGACCACCGAGGAACUCGUUGAGCUCACAGCCUAUUUGAAAAAAUCCAGCGAAAUUACUGUUUUCAAGUUGCGUCGUGAAAUUAAGGAGGCCAUCUACAGGCUCGAAUUCCUGAUGGACUAUGCUGACCUUCCCUAUGAUGAUAUAAAACUAAACAGUACUGUUCUUCAUUGGCCGGACGAGAUUGAGGUCAUCUUUGAAACCAGUAGGAACCAGCUGAUGAACAGAAGAGAUCAUGUUGAGCUUGCUCUGAUCAAAAGGUGUUCUGAAUUUGAGGCUGUACUUGAAGGUUAUAACAAAGAAGUUGAAAGCUUCCGAAAGAAGGAUGUCAUGACCAUGGAAGAAAUGAAGAACAAUGUUGAAAAAUUUAAUGAGUUGUCUAAGAAUUUGGACUAUGCCCUAGCUGAAUAUGAAGCUAUUAAUAAAGAAGAGGAGCUGCUUGAACGAGAAAAAAGUCAGUUUCCUCUACUGCAGACUGUCAUCACAAACAAACAGCCCUUUGAGCAGCUUUGGGUGACUGCUUACAAUUUUCAUAUAAAGUCUGAGGAAUGGAUGAACGGACCUCUCCUACACAUGAACGCCGAAGAAAUCACCGAGGAAGUCUCUAACAUGUGGAGGACCAUGUACAAGCUGACAAAGACCUUGGUGGAUCAACCUGGACCGAAGCGUUUAGCGGAGAAUGUGAAGUUUAAGAUCGAUAAGUUCAAGCAACAUCUGCCUGUCCUCUCUAUUGCCUGCAAUCGUGGGAUGAAAGACAGGCACUGGGAACAGAUCAGUGAUAUAGUUGGAUAUGAGAUAAGACCUGAUGACACUACUUCUCUCAUGAAUAUGUUAGAAUACGGGCUAUCAAAAUUUAUUGAAAAGCUAGAGCCUAUUGGUGCAGCAGCUAGCAAGGAAUAUUCCUUAGAGAAGAACAUGGAGAAAAUGAAAUCGGAAUGGGCCAACAUCUGCUUCAGCUUUGUAAAAUACAGGGACACCGACACCAGCAUUCUGUCAUCCAUCGAUGACAUCCAGCUUUUGCUUGAUGAUCACAUCGUCAAGACCCAGACCAUGUGCGGCUCUCCAUUCAUCAAACCCAUCGAGACGGAAUGCCGGAGGUGGGAAGAGAAGCUUGUCCUGAUGCAGGAAAUUUUAGACAACUGGUUAAAAUGUCAGGCAACGUGGCUUUACCUGGAACCCAUCUUCAGUUCUGAGGACAUUAUUGCUCAAAUGCCAGAAGAGGGUAGGAAGUUUGGGAUAGUGGACACUUACUGGAAGGACAUCAUGGUGCAAGCAGUGAAAGACACUAGAGUUCUGGUUGCCACUGAACAACCGAAGAUGUUGGAGAGACUUCAGGAAGCAAAUACACUUUUGGAAGACAUUCAGAAGGGUCUAAAUACUUACUUGGAAAAGAAAAGAUUGUUUUUUCCAAGGUUCUUCUUCCUUUCCAAUGACGAGUUGUUGGAGAUUUUGUCGGAAACCAAAGAUCCUCUUCGCGUACAACCACACUUGAAGAAGUGCUUUGAGGGAAUUGCGAAACUAGACUUUACAGAAAACAUGGAGAUUAUAGGCAUGAUCAGUUCCGAGAAGGAAAUUGUUCCUUUUAUUAAGAAAAUCUUCCCAGCGCAUGCCAAAGGCAUGGUUGAGAAAUGGCUGUUGCAAGUAGAAGAAAUGAUGUUGGGCAGUAUUCGAAAAGUCAUAGAGAAUGGCAUUGGAGGGUAUGACGAGGUUCCCAGGAAUAAGUGGGUGCUGCAGUGGCCAGGACAAGUAGUGAUCUGCGUAUCGUCAAUCUUCUGGACAAAAGAAGUAGCAGAAGCCAUACAGGAAAAAACAUUACCUGCAUUUUUGGAGAAAAGCAACAAGCAGAUUGGAGAAAUAGUUGAGCUGGUGAGAGGAAAGCUGUCAGGCGGGGCCCGGCUGACCCUGGGGGCCCUCACAGUCAUCGACGUCCAUGCACGUGAUGUAGUUGCAAAACUGGCGGAGGACGAAAUUUCAGAUCUGAAUGAUUUCCAGUGGAUUUCCCAGCUGAGAUAUUACUGGGAAGACGGAGAAGUGAUGGUCCGAAUGAUCACCACUGAAGCCAGAUAUGGUUAUGAAUACCUGGGCAAUUCUCUGCGGUUGGUGAUAACUCCGCUGACAGACCGAUGCUAUAGGACAUUGAUGGGGGCUUUGAAAUUAAACCUGGGAGGUGCCCCUGAAGGACCUGCUGGGACGGGAAAAACCGAAACAACCAAAGAUCUGGCAAAAGCGCUGGCCAAGCAGUGUGUUGUCUUCAAUUGCUCCGACGGCCUUGAUUACAAAGCCAUGGGCAAAUUCUUUAAAGGACUGGCACAAGCCGGAGCUUGGGCCUGUUUUGAUGAGUUCAACCGGAUUGAGGUUGAAGUGCUGUCUGUAGUGGCACAGCAGAUCCUCAGUAUUCAGCAGGCUAUUAUUCGGAAGCUCAGAACGUUUCUCUUUGAAGGCACAGAGAUUUCCCUUAAUCCAACCUGUGCGGUCUUCAUCACUAUGAAUCCUGGUUAUGCUGGACGGGCAGAACUUCCUGAUAACUUGAAGGCUUUAUUCCGUACAGUAGCCAUGAUGGUCCCAGAUUACGCUUUGAUUGGUGAAAUUUCACUUUAUUCAAUGGGAUUCCUUGAUUCCAGAAGCCUUGCCCAGAAAAUUGUUGCUACCUACCGACUUUGCUCUGAACAGUUAUCAUCACAACAUCACUAUGACUAUGGGAUGCGUGCAGUAAAAUCGGUUCUGACAGCAGCAGGAAACUUAAAAUUGAAGUACCCAGAUGAAAAUGAAAGUGUAUUGUUGCUUAGGGCCCUGCUGGAUGUUAACUUAGCUAAAUUCUUGUCUCAAGAUGUCCCUCUGUUUCAGGGCAUCAUAUCUGAUUUGUUUCCUGGGGUGGUUCUUCCACAACCUGAUUAUGAGCUCUUCAUCAAGGCACUGAAUGAUAACAUCAAAGAAAUGAAUCUUCAGCCGGUUCCAUGGUUUAUUGGGAAAAUUAUUCAGAUUUAUGAAAUGAUGAUGGUCCGGCACGGCUAUAUGAUUGUUGGGGACCCGAUGGGAGGCAAAACCAGUGCCUACAAAGUGCUAGCUGCAGCACUUGGGGAUUUGAGCCAAGACAGCUCGACAGAGGAAUCUGCAGUCGAAUAUAGAAUUAUUAAUCCCAAAGCUAUCACCAUGGGGCAGCUGUAUGGCUGUUUUGACCCUGUGAGCCAUGAGUGGACAGAUGGUGUUCUUGCAACCACUUUCAGAGAACAGGCAUCUUCCACAACAGAGGACAGGAAGUGGAUUAUCUUUGAUGGUCCAGUAGAUGCUGUUUGGAUAGAGAACAUGAACACAGUACUAGAUGAUAACAAGAAGCUGUGCUUAAUGAGUGGUGAAAUCAUUCAGAUGAGUGCAAAAAUGAGCUUAAUCUUUGAGCCAGAAGAUCUGGAACAAGCAUCCCCAGCGACAGUCAGCAGGUGUGGCAUGAUUUACAUGGAACCUCAUCAAUUAGGUUGGAAGCCUCUGAAGGAUUCUUAUAUGAACACGUUGCCUCCGAACUUGCAAGACGUACAUACAGAAUUGAUUGACGACUUGUUUAUGUGGCUUGUUCAGCCUUGUUUGGAGUUUAUUCGACAUCACUGCAAAGUCAUACUUCAGACCUCUCCCAUCCAUCUUUCCCAUACCAUGAUGACACUGUUUAGUGCUUUGCUUGAUGAAAUAAGGCAUUCCGGUGAAGAAGAAGGAGGAGAGACCAUGUCCAGUCAGCAAAUCACCCUGUGGCUACAAGGCCUCUUCCUUUUUGCCUUAGUUUGGACCAUUGGUAGCACCAUCAAUGCAGAAGGCCGGCGGAAAUUCGACCUCUUUUACCGAAACCUUUUGAUGGGAAUGGACGAUGACCACCCACGUCCCAAAAGCGUGAAGCUAACCAAAAACAAUCUAUUUCCAGAAAGAGGGAGCGUGUAUGACUUUUACUUUCACAAGCAAGCUGGCGGACAGUGGAACAUGUGGACAGAGUACAUUACAAAGGAAGAACAGGUCAUCUCCGCCGGUACAAAGGUCUCAGAACUUAUCAUCCCAACAAUGGAGACAGCCAGGCAGACUUUUUUCCUAAAAACCUACGUGGAACACGAGAUCCCAAUGUUGUUAGUGGGACCCACUGGGACAGGGAAAUCAGCGAUCACCAACAAUUUUCUGAUCCAGCUUCCGAAAACAAAAUACACCCCCAACUUCAUCAACUUCUCGGCCAGAACCACAGCAAAUCAGACCCAAGAUAUUAUCAUGUCGAAACUGGACAGGAGAAGGAAAGGCCUUUUCGGACCUGCAGCAGGGAAAACGGGGAUUGUGUUUGUGGAUGAUUUAAAUAUGCCAGCAAAGGAGGUGUACGGAGCCCAGCCACCUAUAGAACUCCUUAGACAAUGGAUCGAUCAUGGCCACUGGUAUGACAAGAAAGACACUUCAAGGCUCGAUAUUGUUGACGUUCUGUUUGUUUCAGCAAUGGGACCUCCAGGUGGGGGAAGGAAUGAUAUAACAGGGCGUUUCACCCGGCACUUGAACAUUAUCUCCAUCAGUGCUUUUGAUGAUGAAAUUUUAACCAAGAUUUUCACUUCCAUCAUUGAUUGGCACUUCAGUAAAGGGUUUGAGGCUUCAUUUUUAAGGCUUGGCAAAAUGUUGGUCCACGCGACCAUGAAUAUUUACAAGCUGGCCGUGGAAAAUUUCCUCCCGACUCCGUCAAAAUCUCACUACGUCUUUAACCUGCGCGAUUUCUCCCGGGUGAUUAGAGGUGUGCUGUUGUGCCCACAUACCCACCUGCAGGACGGAGAGAAACUGAUUCGGCUUUGGAUUCAUGAAGUUUAUCGUGUCUUCUAUGACCGCUUAAUAGAUGCUGAGGACCGGGAGGUGUUCUUUAACAUGGUGAAAGAAACAACCUCUGACUGCUUCAAGCAGAGCGUUGAUAAGGUACUAAGCCAUUUGUCACGUACUGGAAAGAUCAGUGACGACAACAUCCGGAGCUUGUUCUUUGGAGACUACUUCAAACCGUCCAGCGAUACCAAAAUCUACGACGAAAUUACGGACUUAAAGAAGCUGACGUCCGUCAUGGAAUACUAUCUGGAGGAGUUCAACCAGAUCAGCAAGGCGCCCAUGUCUUUGGUCAUGUUUAAGUUCGCCAUUGAGCACAUCUCACGGAUAUGCCGUGUGCUGAAGCAGGAUAACGGCCACUUGUUGCUGGUGGGCAUUGGUGGGAGCGGCCGGCAGAGCACCACCAAACUGGGCACCUUCAUGAACGCCUAUGAGCUCUUCAUGAUCGAAAUCACCAAGUUCUACACCACCAACGACUGGAGAGAGGACAUUAAGAGGGUCAUGCUGCAGUCCGGAGUGGCCAACAAAAGCACCUCGUUCUUGUUUUGCGAUAACCAGAUCAAGGAUGAGUCAUUUGUAGAGGAUAUCAACAUGCUUUUGAACACGGGUGACGUGCCCAACAUCUUCGCAGCGGAUGAGAAGGCUGAUAUUGUUGAAAAAAUGCAGAGCGCCGCACGGACUGAAGGCCGGAGAAUCGAAGCCACCCCUCUGGCGAUGUACAACUUCUUCAUUGAGCGCGUGAGGAAAAAUCUGCAUAUAGUUUUAGCAAUGAGCCCCAUUGGAGAUGCGUUCCGGAAUCGCUUAAGAAUGUUCCCUUCGCUGAUCAAUUGCUGCACUAUUGAUUGGUUCCAAAGAUGGCCCAAGGAUGCUUUGGAAAUGGUUGCGAACAAAUUCUUAGAGGAUGUGAAGCUGGAAGAGGAAAUCAGAAAAUCGGUCGUAUCCAUGUGCAAAUGUUUCCAGGAAAGUGUGAGAGAGCUCUCAGUUAGCUAUUACAAUAUUCUCAGAAGACACAAUUAUGUAACACCGACAUCUUACCUGGAAUUGAUUCUGACCUUUAAGACACUACUAAAUAGCAAAAGGCAUGAGGUUGAUGUGAUGAGGAAUCGCUAUCUUGUGGGUCUUCAAAAACUUGAUUUCGCAGCUUCACAAGUUGCAGUCAUGCAGAAGGAGCUGACAGCUCUUCAGCCGGAAUUAAUUAAAACCUCUGCCGAAACCGAGAAAAUGAUGGUCCACAUUGAAAAAGAAACCGUUGAGGUGGACGCCAAGAAGGAGCUGGUGGCUGCCGACGAGAAGGAGGCCAAUGAAGCUGCCGCAGUCGCACAGGGUAUUAAGGAAGAAUGUGAAGGGGACCUCGCGGAGGCCAUGCCCGCUUUAGAAGCUGCCCUUUCGGCUCUCGAUACCUUGAACCCUGCGGACAUCUCUCUUGUCAAAUCCAUGCAGAAUCCACCAGGGCCUGUCAAGCUUGUGAUGGAGAGCAUUUGUGUCAUGAAAGGGAUAAAACCAGAAAGAAAGCCUGAUCCAAGUGGAAGCGGUAAAAUGAUAGAAGACUAUUGGGGUAGUUCCAAAAAGGUUCUAGGAGAUCUGAAAUUCCUUGACGGCUUGAAGACGUACGACAAAGAUAAUAUUCCUCAAGCUGUAAUGAAGAGAAUUAGAGAGAAGUUUAUCAACCAUCCAGACUUCCAGCCAGCUGUCAUAAAAAAUGUGUCAUCUGCCUGUGAAGGCUUAUGCAAAUGGGUGAGGGCCAUGGAAGUCUACGACCGUGUCGCCAAGGUAGUCGCUCCGAAACGUGUACGACUCUGGGAGGCUGAAGGUUUGCUCGACAUACAAAUGCAGAAGCUCAAUACGAAGCGUGCAGAACUCAAGAACGUGAUGGACCGGCUCCAAGCUUUGAACGAUGAGUUCGAAAAUAAGAAUAACCAGAAGAAAGAGCUUGAGGACAAUAUUGAAGUCUGCUCCCAGAAGCUCAUACGGGCUGAAAAACUGAUCAGUGGCUUGGGAGGAGAAAAGGACAGGUGGACGGAAGCUGCCCGCUUGCUAGGAAUCCGAUACACAGACCUUACCGGAGAUGUUUUGUUAUCUUCAGGCACGGUGGCUUAUCUGGGAGCCUUUACUGUUGAUUACCGCCAGGAAUGCCAGGAGAAGUGGCUGAUUCUGUGCAAGGAGCAAAUGAUCCCAUGCUCGAACGAUUUCAGCCUGAGCAACACCUUAGGGGAUCCAGUCAAGAUCCGUGCCUGGCAGAUUGCAGGAUUGCCCAUUGAUUCCUUUUCCAUUGAUAAUGGCAUCAUUGUUUCCAAUUCCAGACGGUGGGCCUUGAUGAUCGACCCUCAAGGACAAGCCAACAAAUGGGUCAAAAAUAUGGAAAAGGGCAAUAAGCUUUCUGUCAUCAAGUUGUCCGAUACUAACUAUGUAAGGUCGUUGGAAAAUGCCAUCCAGUUUGGAACCCCAGUCUUGCUUGAAAAUAUCGGUGAGGAACUAGAUGCUUUUUUGGAGCCGGUGUUGCUGAAGACCACCUUCAAACAGCAAGGCGUGGAGUACAUGAGACUAGGAGAAAAUAUUAUUGAGUACUCACGAGAUUUCAGGUUCUACAUCACGACUCGCUUAAGGAACCCUCAUUAUCUCCCUGAAGUGGCGGUGAAAGUUUGCCUGCUCAAUUUCAUGAUUACACCUCUUGGACUUCAGGACCAGCUUCUUGGGAUUGUAGCUGCGAAGGAGAAACCAGAAUUGGAAGAGAAGAAGAACAAGCUGAUCAUUGAGAGUGCAGCUAAUAAGAAACAGCUGAAGGAGAUUGAAGAUAAGAUCCUUGAAGUUCUUUCCAAAUCGGAAGGAAAUAUCUUAGAAGAUGAAACCGCUAUCAAAAUUCUCUCUUCCUCCAAAGAGCUGUCUGAAGAAAUCUCCGAAAAGCAGGAAAUUGCCAGUAUAACUGAAAUGGAAAUUGAUGCUACUCGAAUGGGAUACAAGCCUGUGGCCGUUCAUUCAGCAACUGUCUUCUUCUGUAUUUCUGAUCUGGCAAAUAUUGAGCCGAUGUAUCAAUAUUCCUUGAUAUGGUUCAUUAACCUCUACGUCCAGUCUCUUGCUAAUAGCAGAAAGAGUGAGGUUCUGGGGGAGAGAAUUGCACACAUAAUUGACCAUUUCACAAUAAGCAUCUACAACAACGUGUGCCGGUCCUUGUUUGAGAAGGACAAGCUUCUUUUCUCCCUCCUCCUGACGAUAGGGAUAAUGAAAGGGAAAGACGAGAUAGACGAUGAAGUUUGGCGUUUCUUGCUGACAGGAGGGGUUGCUCUUGAUAACCCUUAUCCCAACCCUGCACCAGAAUGGUUGACUGAGAAAUCGUGGGCUGAGAUAGUACGUGCAUCAGGCCUGAAAAACUUGGACCGGUUGAUGGAUCACGUAGAAUCCAAUCUCCUGAAAUGGAAAGCCAUCUAUGAUUCUGCCAAACCUCAUGAAGAAGUGUUCCCAGGUGAAUGGAAUCUGGUCAUGGGGCUUGAUCGCAUGGUCAUUCUCCGUUGCCUGCGACCAGAUAAAAUUAUUCCAGCCACCCAACAAUUCAUCACAGAAAAUAUGGGAAGGAUCUAUAUUGAACCGCCGACGUUUGAUCUUGCAGGAAGUUACAAUGAUUCUAAUUGCUGCGCACCUCUGAUUUUCAUAUUAUCUCCCGGUGCUGAUCCCAUGGCAGGCUUGCUGAAAUUUGCUGAGGAUCUUGGCAUGGAAAGCAUUCAGACGAUUUCGCUUGGACAAGGCCAAGGUCCGAUUGCAGCCAAGAUGAUUAAUCACGCGAUUGUUGAGGGAACCUGGGUUGUGCUCCAGAACUGCCACCUUGCAACCAGCUGGAUGCCGGCAUUAGAAAAAAUCUGCGAAGAAGUCAUCGUGCCCGAGAACACCCAUGUCAAAUUCAGAUUGUGGCUAACCAGUUAUCCAUCGGAGAAGUUUCCUGUUAGCAUUCUCCAGAAUGGGAUAAAAAUGACCAAUGAGCCCCCUAAAGGAGUGAGGGCAAAUCUCCUUCGAUCCUAUCUCAACGACCCAGUCUCUGACCCCACGUUCUUUAACAGUUGCGAAAAGAAAGAAAUCUGGCAGAAGCUGCUUUUUGGCCUUUGCUUUUUCCAUGCUCUUGUGCAAGAAAGAAGAAACUUUGGCCCUUUGGGCUGGAACAUUCCUUACGAAUUCAAUGAAUCUGAUCUUAGAAUCAGUAUGCGGCAGAUCCAAAUGUUUCUGAAUGAAUAUGAAGAAACCCCGUUCGAAGCUCUAACAUAUCUUACAGGGGAAUGUAACUACGGCGGGAGAGUAACGGAUGACAAGGACAGGCGCCUCCUCCUCUCGCUUCUUUCCAUUGUGUAUUGUAAAGAUAUAGAAGUACAAGAAUGCUAUAAACUCUCCCCUGGGGGGGAAUAUUAUAUACCACCCAAUGGGACAUACCAGUCUUAUAUCGAUUACUUGAGAAGUCUGCCAAUUUCGACCCAUCCCGAAGUAUUUGGGCUCCAUGACAAUGCGGAUAUUACUAAAGAUAACCAAGAGACCAACCUACUUUUUAACGGGGUCUUGUUGACUCUGCCUCGUCAAGCAGGGGGAGCAGGCAAAUCGCCACAGGAAACUGUGGAGGAAUUGGCACAAGAUGUUCUCUCGAAGUUACCACCAGAUUUCGACUUGGAAAUGGUGAUGGAAAAGUACCCAGUCCUUUAUCAGGAGUCCAUGAACACAGUUCUUAGACAAGAACUGAUCCGGUUCAAUAGGCUUACCGAAGUUGUACGGAGCAGCCUUAUCAACCUACGCAAGGCCAUCAAAGGCCUGGUGUUGAUGUCUUCAGAGCUUGAGGACGUUUUCAACAGCAUGCUGGUGGGUAAAGUGCCAGCUAUGUGGGCAAGCAAAUCCUACCCAUCGCUGAAGCCUCUAGGGAGUUACGUGUCUGACCUACUCACACGGCUGGCCUUCUUCCAGGAGUGGAUCAAGCACGGGCCGCCAAAUGUGUUUUGGAUAUCCGGUUUCUACUUUACACAGUCUUUCUUGACGGGUGUGUCGCAGAACUAUGCCAGAAAAUAUACCAUCCCGAUUGAUCAUAUUGGAUUUGAAUUUGAGGUGACGAGACAAGAGCACAGUAUGGAGCGAAAGCCUGAAGACGGUGCCUACGUGAAAGGGCUGUUUUUGGAAGGGGCCCGGUGGGACAGGGAAAUCAUGCAAAUCGGCGACUCUUUCCCCAAAAUCCUGUACGAUGCCCUGCCUAUCAUUUGGCUGAAACCCGGAGAGAGCGCCAAGUUUCUCCACGAAAAGAUCUACUUGUGUCCCGUCUACAAAACCAGCGCCCGGAGAGGCACCUUAUCUACUACGGGCCACUCCACCAAUUACGUCCUCUCCAUUGAGCUCCCGUCUCACCUUCCUGAGAAGCACUGGAUAAAUCGGGGCGUAGCAGCCCUUUGCCAACUAGACGACUGAAUUUUUAAACGCCAAGAACCAGUACUUUCCAAUUAAAAGA